CCUGUGAAAAAGAUCUCUGCUGAUCACUUGAACACCAACAGAGACGUGUUGAACACUCAGCUAGACAGAUAUAGCAGCAGCUGGAGAGGCAGUGUCCCAAACGGGCACCGUAACACUGAGUGUUACUCUCCUCUACCAACACGCAGUCAAACAUCGCUCUGUGAGGUACCACCAGGCCACGUAAAGCCAAAAUGGAGAUUUCAGAGAUUUCAGUGGAAGAUGAACACGACGAAAGCAGCAGCUCAUCAGCCAAUGUUGAGUAUAAAGGCGCUCAUCAAGCCUUCAGGGAUCGCUGGAAACAGACAGAUGACACCAUGUGUCGCCACAGCAUGUCCUUCCACCUGCACCACACGCUGAGGAGCGAGUUCUUUGCCAGCUACCUGUACCUGCUGGAGAAGAUUCCUCUGGUGAAGCUGUUCCCAGUCACCUGUGAGUACAUCAAAGGAGAGAAACAGUUUUACUACCGAGCUCAGCAGUUCUACGAGGACGUGCCAGCCUCGGAGGAGGGCAUGAUGGGAGAUUUUGUGGAGAUAUCCAACAUAGAUCUGGAGGGUUCCCGGCAGUUUCUGAAGAGGUUUGUGGGUCCUGGUAAGGCCGGCACACACUGUGCCCUGGACUGUGGCUCUGGGAUUGGGCGCGUGACCAAAGGUGUCCUCCUUCCUGUGUUUGAGAAAAUGGAGAUGGCGGACAUGAUGGAGCACUUCCUGCUCCACGCACAUGAGCAGUACCUGGGCGAAGACGCCGACCGCAUCGAGACCUACUACUGCUUCAACCUGCAAGAGUUCACACCUCCAAAGAACAAGUACGACGUCAUCUGGAUGCAGUGGGUGGCAUGUCACCUGACUGACAAGGACCUGAUGAAUUUCCUGUUUCGCUGUAAGAAGAGCCUGCGUCCAAACGGCGUCAUCAUAAUAAAGGACAAUAUGGCGCGGCAGGGCUGCAAGCUGGACCCCAUCGACAGCAGCAUCAGCCGCCACCUGGACAUCAUGAAGAGCAUCAUCGUCAAGGCCGGCCUGGAGGUCCUGGCUGUCGAGAGGCAGGAAGGCUUCCCUGAGAUCAUCAUGCCUGUCUGGAUGAUCGCCAUGAAAUAGAAGACAUUAUUACUGUGAAGAGAUUCAGAUUGUUGUCUGCUCUGAUCCUUAAAAACUAAGAGGGAAAUCCAGCCUAAAGCUGAAUUCACAUGUUCUUCCAGUUUUGUUAAAGUCUUUGUGAUUUGUGAUUAAUUCUCUGAAAACUACAACAGCGUAGCAAGAAAUCUUCACAGUGUCAUCAGGAGAUAAAUCCUGAAGCAGCAGCGUGGACGCCAUGAUGGCACCCAGGGCGAUUUUAUGGAGACAGCAGCAUUUUUUCUGCUAUGCAGUGAAAUGAAAUAAAGCUUUACUGCAACAUUAAACUUCUACAGAAGCACUCUGUGCGUCCACAAAGCCAGACUGUAAUUUAUUGUCCACUGACCACCUCCAGGUUUUUUGUCCUGAUGACAUCAAACAUCGGAGCCUCAAUUCUCUGUGGGAGAAGCUUGUUCCUGUCUGAACCACAAGGAUCACUGGAAUAACAUGUGAAUGCAGAUUUACUGAUGGUUUCUCCUCUGAAUGAAUAAUCUGUCUGUCUUUGCUCAGUCAAACAUGAGUUUGGCACAUCUACAACAAUAAUGUUUCAUGUUAGAUUGGCUUUAAAAUGAUGUGGCUUCAUUUUUAGGAGUAUUAUUAAUAUGUGAUCUGUAUCUAGAUAUGUCACCUGGAUCACAGGCCUUUACAUUUACACCUGGGGCUACUACUGUUCUUUUUCUUCUCGUUUUGCCCACGUUGAGAUCAGGACUCAGUGUAGUUGGGUAGGUGGCGCUGUCAGCAGACAGUCAGACAGCUGCAAAGUGAGGGUCACAUGACAGAUGGAGACAGUUAAGCUAAUGUUGUGAUGGUGUUUGAAUCAGCAGUCUCUAAGCUGAAGGCACAGUCUCCCUCCAGUUGCAUUGUGGGUAAUGUAGGAUAAAGAAGAGGAGCACAGAAGAAGAUUUCUCUGUCUGUGCUGCAUAAUAAUUUAGAUCCUUUUAAAAAACUGUAAAUUGUAAGUUGAGAUUAUAUUUCACCUGAUGUCCUCAUCCUCCCUGAUAUUUCUCCCAUGGUUGAGAGUUUUUACUCCAGGAAUUACUUUCCUCCUUCUUCUUGUCUUUCUUCUCUACAGUGAAAUUGUUGCAGCCAUCACAGUUCAAAGCUGAAUUGAUUUGAAUUCUGGCCUGAUCCAGAUGAUCCGUCCAGACACAGAUCACAUGUUAAUAACAAGUGGCACCUUUCAGUAUGGCAUGUAGAUACUGUUGCUUUACUUUGCAGGAUUAAUGUCCAUUCAUUGUAUUUCAUGCAUUUAGAACAGGGUGCUCAGAUGUAAAUAUUAAUUUUGUUUUUACACACGAAUGUGUUUUGUACUUUUGCUUGUAACAUUGCAGAUUAAUAGAUUUUUAUAUUGAUUUCUUCUGUGUAGGGCUGUAGUUCAGAUUAGAACUGUGCUGCUUCACUUGCUUAAAUUCCACUUUCCGUAACAACAUCAACACGUUGAGCUGAAGUUGUUUGUUUUUCUAAGAGAAAAAUGCCAAACCCUGAAGCAUAUGGAUGUAGUUUUAUGAUUUUUGAAUGCUCUUUUCAUAUAUAAUGUUUUUCAUCCCGUGUUCCAAACAAAGGCUAAUAGGAUUAGAGAUGGGUAAUCACCUUUGGCUAUUAUAAUCAAGGCUGGGACAUAAAUGCUUCCCAAUUUUCCCUAAAUAUUCCAACAGUACAGCCGGUCCACACCCGUGACAGUGACCGUGCCGCAAUCUUCCACAGAGCAGGCUCAAAACACACAAGAUAAUUGAGAUCCUCUCAAAUCGUUAUGGUAAUUCUCCUAAGUAUUAUUACUGUUAUUAUUUUUUUCAGACUAACAGUAGAAGCAGCACAUUGUUUUGGACUAAUGACUUUCAGCUGGGCCCCUGAGGUGGACGGGGGGGUUGAUUAUUUCCUGGUUUUGACAGACAGUGCCUGCUUUCAUAUCUGCCCUGGCUUCAUUUCAGGCCUGUCAGAUGUUGUCUGCAUAAAACACAUCCAGGAGUCGCCUCAAAUAUUCAGCAUUUGCGUGCGUAAGCGCUCGACAGGAGUGGUGCGGAGUUGUUCCUCCCUGAGCUUUUUAUGAAAGGAUAGUUUGUCAAUGGGCAGGCUGGCACUGAGAAAGUACAAAAUCAUCAAAGUGUUGAAGGCGAGAUGGCGUGAGAUGAUCUCCGCAGCAUGUUUCUCUCGUCAGAAUGACUCUUUUAAGAUGUGAAUAGACCAAACACAUUUUCCACAUCCCGUAUGAAUUAAAGAUCAAAAUGCCUCAAA